AAGUGCAAGCACUGCCGCACGUCGUAUCAGUUAUCUAGUUUGUUAGCUCAAACGUAUAAAAGAUUAGACAUAACCCAUAAUAAAGUAAAAAUUUCAAACGAAUAAAUUACUCAACGUAGUUUAAAAAUAUCACAAGUGCAAGCACAACGUAAACAACGUGUAUUAAGUAUAAGUUUACUACGAUAAUACUUUUCGUUAUUUGUUCAUUUUGCAAUAAUGCAAUUUCAACUCAACGAUAGCUAUGUAGACAGGAAUAAUAGCUUUUCCAUAGACUAUAAUAAUAACAUACUAACAGGUUUCGAUGAGCAGUUCGUGCAUACACAUGAUAUUGGUGAAAUUAUUUUAAAUACACUAAAUAGCAAGCCGGAUCAUGUCGCUCAGAUUGAUGCAGCAACAGGAAAACAAACAACUUUUGCCGAGAUGCGUGAUGUCAGCGUGCGUUGCGGAUUAUGGCUAAGGAAGCAGGGAAUCGGCAGUGGUGACCUGGUGACUCUGUGUACGCCCAAUCACCUGGAAGUUUACGCUCCAUUUCUGGCCAUCUACUACAACGGCGCCAUUUAUAAUGCUUGGAACCAUGAAAUCACUUUAGAGUCAGCGAGACACUUCAUGCAACUGCUGCAGCCAAAAGUGAUAUUCGCCUGCGAAAGCGCCAUUGAGACUCUGCUCGAGGCCGCAAAACUUGAAGGCGUAAACACUAAGAUCAUAGUUUUUGGCAAUUUCCCGGGUAUCCAGUCCCUACAUGAUAUAACUCAGCAGCAAUUCGAACAGGAAGUUCGUGAAUUCUGUCCACGUGUGGUUGAGGACUCGCGUGAGACAGGGUUGGUCAUUUUGUCGUCGGGCAGCUGCGGCAUGCCUAAAGGUGUCAUGCACUCCUAUGGUAACAUUCUGAAGAUGGUUCAGUGUUCGCAGGAUUCCAUGACACAAGUGGCGUUCUGGUACACGCCUACCCAUUUGAUAUCCGGUUUCGUAUUCACCUUACACAGCAUCCUGUCGCUGGGUACGCGUGUUUUACACUCAAGCACCGAGAUUGAGGAUACUUGCCGCAUGAUUGAAAAGUAUAAGAUUAAUAGAUUGUAUUUGUCGCCGAUAACGAUAACUCUCUUGUGCAAAUCCCAAGCUUACAAAAAGUUUAAACUUGAUUCAGUAAUGUUUGCAUCGACCGCAGGCAGUAAAAUAAAUAUUAAGACUUUCGAAGAGUUAAAACAGAUUAUACCAAACGCUCUAGUGUUGCAAGUAUACGGAAUGUCGGAAACAGGUUGCUGCAUCACGAAACAAACCAACUUUACAAAAAACCCUAAUUCGGUAGGUUUUCCUGCAUCUGGCAUACAAUUGAAAAUAGUGGAUCUGAAAACUGGUCGAGCUCUCGAGCCCAACAUGCCAGGUGAACUGUGCGUCAAAUCACAGAUUAUGAUGCUUGGCUACUACAAAAAUCAAAAGGCGACAGAGGAGGCUUUCGACAACAAGGGUUGGUUACACAGUGGGGACAAGGCAUAUUACGAGGAUGGCGAGAUUUUCAUAGUGGACAGAAUGACGGAAGUGAUAAUGUAUCGACACAAUGAAGUUUCCCCAAGCGAAAUUGAGCAGGUUCUGCUCUCCCAUCCGGACAUUAUUGAGGCGUCGGUGGUGGCGAUCCCCCACCAGUAUGACGGAGAAUGGCCGGUAGCUUUUGUUAAAAAGUUUCCAGAAUCCAAAGUUACGGAAGAUGAACUCGUGCAGCUGUCUUCGUCGACUCUUGGAGAUGUUAAAAAAUUGCGGGGAGGAGUCAAGUUCUUAGAUAAUCUACCAAAAACUUCACCUGGAAAAUAUGCUAGACCGAUUCUAAAAGAAAUGGCUAAAACAUUGUCCUACAAAGAAAUUUAAAGCAUUGUUUAAGAAAAAAAAAAAAUAUCGACAUGGACAAACUGUACUAACAAUAAGUAAAAUAAAUAUCUGUAGAAAUAA